AUCUACGACUGUGUUCCGAUUUUCCAAGUCAAGAAAAAAGAAGUUGGAUUUUUUCAACUUCGGUGUUAAACUGAAGGAUGAAUAUUGAGCCGUAUUGAUGGCUAGUAUUGACGCUAUAAAUUCUUUUCAUAUGUUUUUACAAUAUAACGUCAAUUUUAAUGACCUACGUGACCAACUUUAAUGACUUACGUGACCUACUUUGACGCUAAAAAUGAGCAUCGAGUGUCAGCGUGAAAAGGCACCUAUAUUUGUGUUAUUUUUCUACUUUAGUCCGUUCGAUGUAAAUGCACCCGUACUAAAACAUUAGUGCGUCUGAAACUUAAUACUCAUACCAACGAUUUUACGAUGUAAACUAGGUUUAUGCUCUUACCAAUUCUUUAUAGCAUAGAAAGUGUAAUUAUAAAAAUAGUGAAUAAAAAUCUAAAAUUUAUAUGAUUUUAUGAAUCUAUUUAUUUACGCGAAAAAAUAUUUUUUCCUUUCAAUCAGUGUUAAUAUCUAAAUAAAUGGAAUGGGAGAAAAGAUGGAUGCCUUAACAUUAGGCUCACAUAGAUUGGUUCAUCUUGAUUUAAAGGGAGCACCGCCACGGACUUGUUAUUUCGAAAAACUUUUUCCAUUAUUGCGAACAUGGGGAGCUACUGGAUUAUUGUUGGAAUGGGAAGAUACAUUUCCUUACAAUCGAGAACUCUCUCCAAUAGGAAGUAAUGGGCCAAGCAGUUUAGCAAGUGGAUAUACAAUUCAAGAAGCUGGACACAUUUUGCAAAUAGCAGGAGAUUGCGGCUUGGCAGUUGUCCCAUUGGUACAAACUUUUGGUCAUAUGGAGUUUAUCCUGAAACAUGAUGAAUGGAGAUCGUUACGUGAAGUAGAAGCUUUUCCAAGUUCCAUUUGUCCAUCAAAUCCAAGAACUCUACCAUUGGUCAAGUCAUUAAUACGUCAGAUUGUUAAUUUUCAUCCUGACAUACAAUAUCUACAUAUAGGUUCUGAUGAAGUAUGGCAUUUAGGCCUUUGUUCAGUCUGUACUAAACGAGCUACAGCUAGUAAAUAUGGCAAAUUUUCAUUAUAUUUGGAACAUAUUUUGGCAAUAGCCCAAUUUAUUCAGGAAACUUAUCCAUACUUAAAGAUUAUCAUUUGGGAUGACAUGUUGAGAUCAAUAGACUUACAGGUUUUGAACGAAUAUUACAUUGGAAAAUAUGUAGAACCUAUGAUAUGGCAUUAUAAUCCCAGGGACAAUUUUAUGUUGCCUAAUGAAUUGUGGGAUAAAUACAGCAUAGUCUUUUCCAAUAUCUGGAUAGCAACUGCAUUCAAAGGAGCUACUGGUUCCACACAACAUGUACCUGUAAUUCGACAUCAUAUAAGCAAUCACGAAAAAUGGCUUGAAGAAUUGGGAGUUCAUGUAAGUAAGAUACAUGAAUUUCGAGGUACAGCAUUUACUGGUUGGUCAAGAUAUGAUCAUUAUGCUACGCUAUGCGAAUUGUUACCCACAGCUAUACCAUCAUUAGUUUUAUGCCUGAAAGUUUGGCUCUAUGGUUAUUCAGAGGAGACACAUGCGCAAGUUGCAAAGAGCUUAGGAUUUAUUGAUCAUCCGUUACAUGUAAUACCACAACCUAGACCAAUCCCGAUACCUAGUAAUCUGCAUUUUCCUGGAUGGCAAGUAGCUGUGGGUGUAGAGUGGUUUCUUAAUUUCAAAACGAAAUUUCAUAAUAUUAUUGACAGUGACCAAAUUAUGACGUGGAUGAAUCCAUGGCAAGUGGCAAAUAAUUACACAAAUCCCAUGCAGUUGGAGAAUUUAAUACCUACUUUUACAGAAUUAUUAUUAGAACUGUCUUCCCUAGAGGGCUAUCUACGAGUUCAAAUGGAAGCGAUUUUCUUCUCGUCGAUGAUUGAAGAAUGGUUAGGCACCAAUAUUCAGCCGAUGAAAGUAAAAUUAAUAGAACUGAAACAAAUAACUGAGAGUCAAUUAAAAAUAAGUAAUCGUGUGUAAUUUUUCUUUUACUUGAAAAAUCGGCAAUUAAUUUUGAAUAUAUCACCCACAAUAUGAAACAAAACAAUUACGCAAAGUUCCAUUUAAAGAGAUUAUGAAAUGCUAAUGAUUAGAUUAAAUGUUAAUGAUUAGAUGAAUAAUUAAUUAUUUUUUGUAUGUAGAGAAAAGUUACUUUUGUACAUAUAAGUUAUUGCUUAUAAAAUGUAAGAUUUAAUAAGGUCUAUUAUUUAAAAAUUUUAGCCUAUUUUUUCAGAAAAAAUUAUUAAAAAAUAAAUACAAUAUAUAAUUUUUUGAUGAAGGAGACAGAAGAUAAUCAAGAGCCAGUGUGGUUAUUUGUGCACAUAUGUUUUAUUAUAAUCAAAUUACAUUCAUUAAGUUCAAACAAAAAUCGCAUAAUAUAUGAUUGGUUCAUAACCAACAUUUUCAGGGAGAUUUAUAAACUUUUUCUCCCAACAUUCUAUUUGUCAGAAAAGACACAAUUGUUGGCCUCUUUGACAGAGCAUUUUUACUCUCACAUCCAGAGUUUCAGUUCAAGAAUAUUGAGUUGAUUAUAAGAAUCCUUCUCAGCAAUGGUUAUUCAUUGCAAUUUAUUUUUCAAAUCUUUCACUGUGUCUUAAAACAUUCAAUAAGUCAAAAAAUAGAAAAAUAAAUAUCGAUCAGGAAGCGAAAAUAGAGACUUUUACAUAUUUCACUAUACGAUACAUUUCUACUUCCGAACGAUAUAUUAAUAUUACGAAAAAUCUUAAUGUCAAAUUGUUCUGCUCAGUUCUACUUUAGUCUUAAUAAUUUACGUAGUUACAUCAGAGUUAACAAAAAUACUCUUCCUAAAGCAAGAAUUGUCAUUUAUAAAAUUAACUGCAGCAAUUGUAACGUCUCAUAUGUCGGUCAAACAGGAAUAAAAUAAACAAUACAAGAAUAUCCGAGCAUCGAAAUCACAUUAGACGGAAUACGAUGAUCACUCUAUUUUAAUAUCCAAUCAUAGAUUAGAAUUUAAUCACGAUUUUGAUAGGAAUAUAGUCGAAAUUCUGAAUAGUGAAGAGUCUUAAGAAGAUAUCUAAAAUGGUGUACAUUAAGACAGAAAAACAAUCUUAAUUUGCAGACAGAUGCGUGUCUAUAUUAUGCUUAUAUGUAUAUGCUUAUAUGAAUGUAAUUAAUAGUUACCAAAACUUCGAAAGUCAUGCCGUGUUAUUUAUAAGCAUUCUUCUGUACUUUGUACUCAUUUUUACUUUAUGUAUCAUGGGAUAUGAAGAGACUUUUAAGGCCCUUGUAGAAUGCAAGAAUACGAACAAGAGAAUAGCGAUAGCGAUAGACGAUAUCCAAUGAAAGAUCUGCUUUUUUGAAAAUGCAGUGUUCUCAUUAGAUAUUGCUUAUCACUAUCGCCUUGCAUUGUGCAAGGGCUUUUAACAUUUUGUUUGUUGAACAUCCAUGUGUAACAUUUGCUUUCUGCACAAUAUGAGUGAUUCACUUAAGUUCGAUAUAUUCAUAUUAUCAGUUGUUUUUUAAAGUACUAUGUAUACUUUAUCAGACAAUCUUUUUCUGUCAAAAUUUUGUUAUAUUACAUUUACUUUCUAAUAACAUAGGUGUGACUCACCUUUAUUAUUGUUAAUUGUUAGAUUUUUAAUAUAAUAUAUUCUGUACACUUUAUAAUUAUGCUGAAGAUGGUCCACAAAAGGAAACGUAUGCUUUUUGCAAUUAUAUUUAUCACUUAAUGAAUGUACUUAAUUUAAUUUUGUAAUAAAACAUAUGUGCACAAA